CUUAUUUGUUCCAUUCCACCACGCUCCCGUUCCUUCAAGUUGCUCGCGAUGGCGACUAUAGCAUAAAUACUAGCAUAUGUUAUGUUUAGCAGGAGCAGAAGUUUACAAAUGCUACAUUGAUGCAAAAAACUUUUAACUCAUGGGUUCACUGAUGAGCUGAGUUUGCGCUGAAAUCGCGUCCGAGUCCGAGUCAAUCCCUUUGGAUUUACUCAGCAGACGAACUCAUCUUGUUGCUUCCAUCGAGCUCAUCGCUUACCACGGCCUAUAACAUCAGCUUCUGUCUAAGAAACCGCCUGCUCAAGUCGAUCUCUAAACCAUUUCCGUCGAACUACGGAUGGCAGACUGUUCUUGUCGUGUCCUCAUUCUCUCUUCUUCGAAAGACGACACCUUGCAGUUUCUGCAAAGACUGGCACAGAGUGACCUCCCGAUCGCAACCGACAAUUCAUUCACCAUCCCUUGGACUAUCACGAACAAGUACUACACUGCUGAUGUGCACUUCGAAUUCCAUCACCUCCCAUAUUGGACACCGAACAAUCACGAGUUAGAAAGCGUGCCCGCCGUGGUGUACACAUGGACUGUCGGAGAGCCAUACCGGGAGAAUGUCCAGAUGAUAUCACAACGCCUAUCCCAUCAUGAUUUCGAAGUAUCUCUGGCCAUUCGGCUUCCGUCUACUACGCCCGGAGGCGAAGAUACUGAAGAUGACGAAAUAGACUCGUUUCUUGGAUCCCUGGGGUUUGAAUUCAUUGAUGUGCAAGAUUUAUCAAAAUCUUCUGACCAUCAUGAUCAUGGCGGAGUUUCCCGGGCCAUAGAUGCAUUGAGCACAAUUAUGUGGCCCUCCAUGGUACAAACCUCCAAAGGAAGGGGUCUUGGCCUCUUGACGACGAACCGUGAUACCGGAGAAGACCUCAGCAGUCUCAUCGCUACGCGCUCCCCAGGAGGGCGUGAUCGUAUGCAGCGAGAACUCGAAGAGUUAGAGCGGUGGCUCGACGAAGACAAUUUCGAAGGACAUCUUCAUACAAGUGAGAAAACCAUAAGCAAUGAUCCGUGGAGUGCCGCAGCCACAACCGGCAGCUUGUCGCCUACAGAGGAUUCCUCUACCCAGGGCCUCUACAAUCACACGUUUGACGACGAUUUCACCGCUUUCGUGUCUGCUUCAGCGUCUGCAGCAGAUGCUGAAACUCAGCUUGCACAAAUACCAUCUGAGAGACAAAUCCCACCUCUCCCUUCGUUGAGCUUCAGUUCAACGUUCACUUUCGACUCUGGUUCUGAUACUUCCGGGCGAUCGACGCCAGCCAAUGAAGAGCACGACUUUUCUCGCUUAUCCGCGAAUGCCUCAGAUCUCGGUAUAUCUUAUAGGUCGUUAGGGUCGGUCUCCGAUUUUGGAGACCCAGAAGCAGAAGAAUCCCCCAAACACGAAGAUUCUAGCGACGAAAUGCCUUCAAAUGCUGAGAUUGCUGCAACCUCAGAGCGUAUCUUCGGUGCAACAUCUCUUGCUUUCUCACCCACUGAUGAAAAUGAUGUCUGUUCGCUGCAAGGGGAUCUUUCCGUGCCGUCUGAAGUUGAAACCGCCGACCCACCAGAGACGGACCUCGAGCGCUUCGAUCUGCAAAGCAUGCUGAGCGCGCUUCAGGGUCUUAAGGAGGAAAUUGCGGGGAUGCCCGAUUCGCAGGAACGUAAGAGGGCAGCUGCUAGAGUGGCCUUGGGUUUGGUUUAUGGGCUCAAUGGAAAUUCCGAUUGAAAGUAAGGGACUGAAUACACGGCUGGGAGGUUUUGUUAUUUACAAUUGUCUUGCGCGACUAGUUGUAUAGACGUGUCCCGUGUAAAUCAGUGGCUAUUUUGAGACUCCAUCUUUCAAGUUUCCUGCAAUGCCGCCGUUUGCACUGCGUAUCUUCU